GUAUAAAGUAAGGUACUAUGUAGGUAGAGUACUAUGUAGCUUAGUAAACAUUUGUAUGGCACAGCUUUAAUGUUCAGCUUAUGAACCUUCAACACUUACACUUACAUUUACACUUAUACUCUUCCCUUCCUUCUGAUUAACACUGAAUUGUCUGUCUGCUUAGCUUCAUUCGCCUUUGCAUUCAUUUAGAAAUUACCCAUCUAUCUAUACCAAUAUUCGAAGUACCUUUAGGAGUAAGGCGGUGACCAUGUCCAUCAAAAGCCUCCUUGAAUCCUUGAGCUUUCCCUACCAUGAACCUCGGCAUGGUUUCUGGGGCGAGAAAACGUCCACUUUGAACUUUUGUGAAGAGGACUAUGUUAUGAGUUAUUACUGCGCCGAAGUCUGCAAUACUUUGACCAAUGCGCUCUUCGUGUGGCUAGGCUAUAGGGGCAUCCGGAAUUGCAUCAAAUAUUCUCACCCGCUUAUAUUCAUCAUCACCUUCGCCGGGUAUAUGAUUGUCGGCCUCGGUUCUACACUCUUUCAUGCCUCUCUUAAGUAUCCCAUGCAGCUCAUCGAUGAGCUUGCCAUGAUUUAUACAACAUGUCUCAUGUGUUUCGCUACCUUUUCGUAUGGUAGAUCUACCCGUUUCUCUUCUCUCCUCGGCGUCGCACUUGUCGGCCUUGCGUGGUUCAUCACGGCUAGAUAUUAUAAGACCAAAAAUCCUCAGUUCCACCAAGAUGCCUACGCAGUUCUCACCGCUUUGGUGGUAUUCUCCAACUUAUGGAUCAUGGAGCGACAACUUCGACCAGCGCUGAGGAAGAGGGAGGAUGCUCGACAAGGAGGUCGCACUCCGAAGCUGCCGACGGCCAAUGAGAUGGUGAAGCAGAUGUGGGUCAUAGUUGCGACAGGCCUCAGUGUAUUCCUAGGCGGUUAUCUCAUCUGGAACUUGGACAAUAUGUACUGUAGCGCAAUCCGGGAGUUGCGACAUGAACUGGGGCUCCCCUGGGCGGUAGUACUCGAAGGACACGCUUGGUGGCAUCUCAUGACCGGAAUAGGUGCAUAUUUUUAUAUUAUUUGGCGUAUAUGGAUUCACCGUUGCCUCGAUGGCGACGAAGAUAAAUUUCGGCUUAACUGGCCUUCGAUGAUCAGCAUGCCGGAAGUGGUGACCAUACAGGACAAAUGGAAUAAGAAGCAGCAAUAGAAACCAACCCGCCUCCUCGUCAACCCCAUUAGUCUUCAUCAUUGUAUAGGUACGUUACUCGAUAAACAAGAUGCGCGGUAAGUUGUUUUUUAGUUUAGCGAUAGAUAGAUAUCCAGAUAGAUGAAAGCGAACAAUGCAUUUACUAUAUACCUAG